UCCCCUCUUCUCCCACAGAAAGAGUUUAUCAUGUUGGGCUCUGGAUUCAAGGCUGAGCGCUUGCGAGUCAACCUGCGCCUUGUCAUCAAUCGCCUCAAACUACUGGAGAAAAAGAAGACUGAGUUGGCCCAGAAGGCAAGGAAGGAGAUUGCAGAUUAUCUGGCAUCCGGAAAAGAUGAGCGUGCCAGGAUUCGUGUGGAGCACAUCAUCCGUGAAGAUUACCUUGUGGAGGCCAUGGAGAUCCUGGAGCUGUACUGCGAUCUGCUGCUAGCCCGCUUUGGCUUGAUUCAGUCCAUGAAGGAGCUGGACUCUGGCCUGGCAGAAGCAGUAUCUACACUGAUUUGGGCUGCACCACGACUCCAGUCAGAAGUGGCUGAGUUGAAGAUUGUUGCUGACCAGCUGUGUGCCAAGUACAGCAAGGAGUAUGGGAAGCUGUGCCGGACAAACCAGAUUGGAACAGUCAAUGACAGGCUGAUGCACAAGCUGAGCGUGGAGGCGCCGCCCAAGAUUCUGGUGGAGAGAUACCUCAUCGAGAUUGCCAAGAACUACAAUGUGCCCUAUGAGCCUGACUCUGUGGUGAUGGCUGAAGCCCCUGCAGGCGGAGAGGCAGAUCUGAUUGAUGUGGGAUUCACAGAUGAUGUGAAGAAGGGUGGCCAUGGAGGGGGAGGAGGUGGUGGAUUUACAGCCCCGCUGGUUGGUCAUGAUGGAAUAGUACCCAUGCCAGUGAUGAUGCCUAUGCCCAUGCCAACACCAAAUCCACCCUUCUCCUAUCCACCUCCAAAGGGACCGGAGAACUUCAACGGCCUACCUGUGGGGACCUACCAGCCUUUUAGUAACAUCCAUCCACCACCAAUUCCGGCAAGCCCACCAACAUAUGACUCUAUUGAUGAGCCUAAUGCUGACAAGGAUGCUUCUGCGCCGGUGGCUGGGCCCGGGCCCAAGUCAGAAGCUCCUCCUAAACCAGGAGCUGGAGCUCUUAAUACCUGUGAUAACUUUGUGCUGCCUGAAUUACCAUCUGUGCCAGAUACGCUGCCAACAGCAUCUGCCGGCGCCAACUCUUCUGCCUCUGAAGACAUUGACUUUGAUGAUCUUUCUCGGAGAUUUGAGGAGCUAAAGAAGAAAACAUAAAAUUGACUGGGCUGUAACUCCAGUGUGAGGGGCAGGAGCUGUGACAGCUGCUUCUCUCUGAAACAGACUCCCCUUGAAAUUGGUUUCCUGUAUUAACCUCAAAUGAACGCGCUCUUCUUUUUGAGCUCUCUUCCUGCUGUACUUAAACCAAAUGCUGCCGCUUUCCCAAUCUUUGUUACUCCAGGAGGUGAACUGUGGGGAAUCUUGUAAGACUGGAGCAGGGAACAGCCUCUGUCAGUCUGGGUAGCUGUACAGGAAAGCCAUGUGUGACAUUCUGGGUGCCAUUCCUGGCUGCCUCCACAGCGGCUCUGUGCUCCCUCCCACAGAGAAGGGAGGUGAAGGCUGAAACGUGACAGGGCUUUCUCCUUUCCCCUGGUGGUCUCAAGGGCAGCAGCAGCAUCCACAAGCUGCCCCUCUCUGCUCGAUGGUAAGGGUGAUUAAGUCCCUUUGGUCAGGCUUCUAACUAAUAGGGGAGGAGGCAGGGAAUACGGUCAUGAGGGGACGCAGCAUUGCCCUUGAGGCUGUGCAGCACGCUGGCACUUCUGCCAUCUCCCUGGCUCCAGCUGUAUCUGGUUGCGGUUUGCCUGAUGUCCUCUUUUGCUCCCACUGGAGUCUCGGGGAGCCCUCCGUGGCCGCUGCUGCGUUCUCGGUGGGGGAUCUGUUUGCAGGAAGGCAGCGCUGUGUGCUUUCCUGUUCAGCAGCAUGUCCCGCCGGGAGGGCGAGCUGGCCAGGCUGCGGGCGAGCAGAGCGAUGUGGUGUGUGCUGGCUGCGCCAUAGCCUGCACCAGCUCCUUUCUCACUGGGUAUUGAACGUGUACGGAGAGCUGAGGUCAAGGAGACUCUGAUGGGAGACGUGGCAGUAACUGUGCUUGCCCCUGAGCAAGGGGGUGGGAGAUCUCUGGGGCUGGGGUGGCUGUUCCCCUCGGCCUGGGUGCAGGGUGGGCUGCUGAGCGCGGUGUGCUCCCUUCUGCGUAGCGUGUCUGCGUGUAAUGCUUUCACACAACUCUUCCUUGACGUUCUCGGUUGGUUUGUAUCUUACAGGUUGGUUCCUAAUAAAGCCUAGCCUUGUGAGC